AUUCUAUCUUCCUAUAAACCCUAGCUAUCAUCAACCUUAAGAACUUGUACAAGUUGUUCCCUGCACUGCACUGCCAUGCAUAAAACCUUAUUCUCUGCAGGCUUCGUUUUGUUGAAGAAGGUGGUCGUACGUAUAGGCCUAGUGAGUACGUAGCUUAGCUACCAAUGAGACCUGGUGGAGGUCCCGGAGGACCUCCUGGACCGCCUCCCGGACCGCCUGGUUUCGGAGGACCUCCCGGACCGCCUGGUUUCGGAGGACCUCCCGGACCGCCUGGUCCGCAUCCUCUCUUCGGUGGCUUUUGUGAUUUCAUUGGUGCAUGUGUGAGUUUUCUGUGUUGCUGCUGGUUAUUGCAAGACUGCUUUGGUGGGCCACCACUAGGGCCUCCAGCACCCUUUGGGCCACCUGCACCAGGGCCUCCCGCACCCUUUGGCCCACCUGCACCAGGGCCUCCUGCUCCCUUUGGCCCACCUGGCCCCCCCGGUCCAGCUGGCCCGCCUGGACCACCACCUCCAUGAGAUCAUCAAGCAGGCUUGAGUUUCCAGAAAUCUGUUGUGUUGCAUACGCAGCAUAUACAGUAGUAGCAGGAACGUGUACAAUAUCUUUGAAUUAGAAAUAGAGUUGUAAUUCCGACUAAAUUCCGAGUCCAAAUAAUUGAUGAUCAUUUACUGUUUGAGUUUAAUUUAAUAUUGAAGAAGAAAGUACAGUAAAAAAAAUUAAAUGAUCAGCUACCGUUAAAUUGAGAUCGAACCAUAGGCGACCACCUUUUUUCUGGGGUCAAGAAGAACAAGUCUGUGUAAUUCCAGUCAUUACUGAGUUGUAAUCCUGAGACAGUACUGAGUUUUAAAUUUAUUUAAA